ACGGCGGCCGAGGCACGGCCGCUCCGUCGCGCGCGCGGGCGGCUCAUCUGGACGAGACAGACGGACAGACGGACGGACGGGGCGCGGGCGCCGUUCACAUGAAGAGCCAAAUAUAAAGAAAUGCCACCCCCGCCGCCGCCCCUUCCAGAUCAGGAAGCAAGAUUCAAUCGCGAUUGCCAGACGCCGACCGACGCCGUUAUAUCUGACCUCACCUCUCAUUCUAUGUGUAAUGCGAUGGUGACGCAUGUCAGGCGGCCUCCUGACGAUGGCCAGGCAGGCUCAUCGUGCGCCCCCAAACCCUCCGACUUUGUACGAGCGCUUGGGGUUCUCGCGGCGUCGUGCGCGUGCCUCGCGAUAAAUGUGCGUCACAUCUACGAUGAGCUCUGAUAGCCCGAUCUGUACAGUAUACGUAUUGGUAAUGCGGUCGCCUUGGAGAACCCCUCUUUAGACAACUGCUCGGCCAAAUGCUGAAACACUUGCGUUAUGAGAUGAGGGAUUUGCCACGUAGGGCCGAUGUAGUUCGGCCUGCUCGAGGGCAAGCAUCAAUGGUUAUAUAUCGUGAACCAGGGCCCAACAAAAUCCAAUCUUCACAUCAAUCUACGAGGAACUGCCAGACUGGCACUGCAGUCGCCCACGUACGCCGUUCGACUUGAAGCAGCCCAGCCCCAACAUGCCCGGCGAACCCAAAGCCCAGAAAGUGGAGCGGACACACGUCAUAUUGCACGGUCAUUGCAAGGUCGACACGCAAAAAUGCCACGCCCCGCAGUUUGGGCCGCACGUCGAGCUCGGCAUCCCUCGGAGACCUGUUAUUAAAGCGCCAGAUUUGAUCGCCAAGUGCAGCAGCGACCUGCCCCCUGACCACCCUUACAUUCUUUUCCCAGAACGAUUUUCGUAUGCUCCAGUGAAGCCGGUACGUCCACCUUCUACGGCGUCCAGCACAAGUCCCUCCCCCUCCCUCAACUUCCUUGGCCCCUGCAUACAUACUCGACAUGAGACUUUGGAAGUUGACAAAGACUCCCAUCGGGUUUCAAGCAGUGCGCUUGGGACGGCAAUCCAUGUUACUACAACAUGACGAGCAACAAGGCCUUUUGCUAUUGAGAGAUGCUUGGUUAGCAUCGCCAUGGAGAGCUAAACAGGAGCAAUCUUCAUGCACACGGGUCGCUGGUGUCACUGUAUCUGCCUACCUACCUACCUCCCCAAGCUAGUAGCAAAGAAUAUCAGGCUCCCAUAUACUGUCUUGAUUACAAGUCCCGUGCCUGGAGGCCGACGUCAC